GGCUUCCAGUUGUAGACGCGCGGGGGAGGGGGUGCCGUCACGUGGGCCGCGGGCGGCAAGACUCGCGGCUCCGGGCGCCGGUGGCCGUCGGCUCCCGCUCCCGCCGCCCGUGCCCUUCGCCCGCGCCGCUGCCCGGUGCGCUGCGGUCAGGUGGCCCUGGACGCGCCAGGCUGGGGCCGCCGCUGAGCGCCCCGCGGGGGCCAUGGAUGGCGAGAUGGGCGCGGAACAGGGGGGCGCGUUGCCCCCGCCAGGUGCACCCUCCGGCCCCGGCCAGGCUGGCGCUCCGGCCCUCGCGGGGCGGCGGGAGCCCAAGAAGCACGCAGUGACCGAGGACUACCAGUUGUCCAAGCAGGUGCUGGGCCUGGGCGUGAACGGCAAGGUGCUGGAGUGCUCCCACCGGCGCACGGGCCAGAAGUGCGCCCUGAAGGUCCUGUACGACAGCCCCAAGGCCCGGCAGGAGGUGGAGCAGCACUGGCAGGCGUCGGGCGGCCCCCACAUCGUGCGCAUCCUCGACGUGUACGAGAACAUGCACCGCAGCAAGCGCUGUCUGCUCAUCAUCAUGGAGUGCAUGGAAGGCGGCGAGCUGUUCAGCAGGAUUCAGGAGCGAGGCGACCAGGCUUUCACUGAGAGAGAAGCUGCGGAGAUCAUGCGUGAUAUCGGCACCGCCAUCCAGUUCCUGCACAGCCACAAUAUUGCCCACCGAGACGUCAAGUGUCUUCUCUGCCUGGCCCAGCCCGAAAACCUGCUCUACACGUCCAAGGAGAAGGACGCGGUGCUCAAGCUCACCGACUUCGGCUUUGCCAAGGAGACCACCCAGAAUGCCCUGCAGACACCCUGCUACACUCCCUAUUACGUGGCUCCUGAGGUCCUGGGUCCGGAGAAGUAUGACAAGUCAUGUGACAUGUGGUCCCUGGGCGUCAUCAUGUACAUCCUCCUGUGCGGCUUCCCGCCCUUCUACUCCAACACGGGCCAGGCCAUCUCCCCGGGCAUGAAGCGGAGGAUCCGCCUGGGCCAGUACGGCUUCCCCAACCCCGAGUGGUCGGAGGUCUCCGAGGACGCCAAGCAGCUGAUCCGCCUCCUGCUGAAGACGGACCCCACGGAGCGCCUGACCAUCGCGCAGUUCAUGAACCACCCCUGGAUCAACCAAUCCACAGUGGUGCCGCAGACGCCGCUGCACACGGCCCGCGUGCUGCAGGAGGACAGAGACCACUGGGACGAAGUCAAGGAGGAGAUGACCAGCGCCCUGGCGACCAUGCGCGUGGACUACGACCAGGUGAAGAUCAAGGACCUGAAGACCUCUAACAACCGGCUCCUGAACAAGCGGAGGAAGAAGCAGGCGGGCUCCUCGGCCUCGCAGGGCUGCAACAACCAGUAGCUCCCGGCCCCGCCUCGGAGCAGCCGGGCCUCGGAGCCUGCGGGACGGACAGGAGGGCCUGAGGCCCCGACCCAGAGGGCCCAGGUCAUUUUUUUUUAAACACAAGGACUA